AAGAAUUUGAGGAUAUUCCAUGGUCUCUUAACGCAACGCAAAGGUCCAAUCCCCGCCCGAGAUGCAAAGGGAGUCUCUACCCCCGGAUGUUAUUUGAUCUUACCCCUUGUGCAUGCUCGCGUCGAGCCGGCUGUCGCAGACGUUUUGACGUUUCGUUCGACGGCACGUGAAGCCGAGCGGGGCUGCUCUGGGAGAGGGUGUAGAUGUACUUCCGAAACAUUUUUUUAUUAAAUUUCGAGAGGAAUGUAUCAACCGACGCUUCUUUUGGAAGCACUCUUACGCGAAGAGAAGCUGGACAAGAAAUUUAUAUCGCUCCUAUUAGCUUGCGAUGAACAACGUGCGUUCGCAUGUCAGACCCCUACAAUGGCAAGAGAAACAGUCAAGUCGAUAAAUAAGCGUUUUCGGGAUGGUAAGCUAGGACCGACAGUCCUGCUUAAACUUACAGCCUUGUUAAAGCAGUGUCCUGACGCAAUCUUCGUGGAAAAUUGUGUCUUCUGGAUCUCAGAAUGCCUCAAAGUUACAGGAAGUCGAAGGAAUGAAGAAAAAGCAUUUGAUAUCAUAAAAAUGUGUCUUGAAAAAUCAAGUAAUAUUAAAAACUUGACAAAUCUGAUAAGUAAAAGAGUUGUCCCAAGACUCGUGGAUCAGCUUCUGGAGUCUAAGAAGCCUACAUACCCUGCAAUCCAAUGUCUUCAGAUUCUGUUUCAGUAUUAUUCAGACACAUGCAAAGCACAAUGGAAAUCUCUCCAGAAAUAUUUGUUGAACUUCAUGGAUGAAGAAGAUGAAAAUCUAGUGAAAUAUACUAGCCGCUGCUUAUGCUACCUACCAUUAAUUACAGAGAAUAGCAAUAAUCAGGAAAGUGCCUGGUCUAAACUCCUUACAGAGUUAUGUGUGGCAGCUAACUCAGUGUUGCAUCAGUUGUUCAAAAACGUUCCUGAAAUUGUUAUAUCUUCUUCCCUUGGAGAAAUUGCUGAAGGAAUCAUGAUCAAACCUAUUGAAUCUGACGAUUCCAUUUCAUUAGCUCAGCGGCUAGCUCAGCGUCUUAUUAACAUUUUAAUUUUCAUUGAAGGAAUGCUAGUAGAAUCAUGUGAUUACAUUAAAGAGAUCCGAAUAGAUCUCGUUAUAACUUUGGCAUACCGUGGUCUUUCUGUCAGCUAUGAUAUGUUAAAAAAUUCAAGUACCAUGUGGCAAGUUGCAUUAAUAUCUGUCUUGCCAGAUAUUCAAACCCAGCUUUUGAACCUUCUGAAGUCUUUGGUAUCCUGUUGUAAGGGUGGUCUUCUGAAAUUUGGACCAUUGUUUUGUAACAUCAUCAUAAAAACCCUCAAGGAUCAAGAAUUGUGUAACCAAUAUAAAAGUGAUCGAAGUCUUUGGCAAGAAUUGCACAUAAAACCAAUUUCUAGUACUUGUGAAGCUGCCUUGCGGGCACUGUGUGCUCUUGUAUUAACAUCUGGAUCUCGGCUUAAACCUUCUGUUCAUAAGAAAUUGCAAGAGUUUGUUGUAUCUCAUCUUUUGGAAGUGCAACAGUCCUGUAGCCCAGAAGAUAUACCAGCUCCCUACAAUGUGCCUGAGUGCCGACUGCAUUUGUAUCAACUAUUGCUUGUCCUGACACUUCAUCCACAUCCUCAAUGGCCCCCUCCCACAAAUUAUGCUUUCUCUCUUUUCCCAAGAGGUCAACAGGACUCUUCUCGUGAGGUUAUAAAACUAUGUAUGACUUCCAUGGUGAGCAUCCACAAAAUGGUUCAUCUGCCUUCUGUUGAGAGCCCUCCUACUUUGUUCCCAUUUAAUACUACGAAUAUACUAAAUGAGAAGGAAAAUGAAAAACAGGGUAUUUCACUGCUGCUUACUAAGAUUUCAAAAUCUAUUAAGGUCUGUAAAAAAAGUCAGAAUGCUAGGUCAGUAAAAGCACUAAAACGAUCUUUACCUAGUUUUAAGAGUGAUACUUUCCCCAAAAGAAAACGGUUUUCAGAAGAUUUCAUUGAGUCAUUUGUUAACACAAAAGCACUUCAAAGCACUGAUAAAGAUUGGAUUGUGAAAAGAAUAAGUAAAAACCGAAGUAAGAGGACUGAACCAAAAAGGAACCGGAAAGAAAUACACAAAGCUGUUGAUUUGCAGAAAACAAUAAAGAAAAGAAAGCCCUUCCAAAUAAGUGAUAUAUUAAGGAAAGAUCUGGUUAAAUAUCACAGUUUGGUUUAUGAUGAUCAAGAUAUAGCUGAAGAAAUUAUGUUAGUUGAUCUUGUAAGCGAUAGUGAAAUUACUGAUUCAGAUAAAAUUUUACACAGGAAUGCAUCUCGUGAAGAACUUAUUACUAUUGAUGAUUUAGAGAGUUCUGGAUCUGAAAAUUAUGUAAGUAUUGAAGAGAAAAUGGAAGAAUUAACUAAGGAUAUGGAGGAAAAAAGAUUGAGCCCAUUCGAGUUGAGAGAAAUUGGGGAAGGAAUAAAUGAUACAGAGAAAACAAGAGACAUAGAUACAAGAAAUACUUACGAUAUUGAAAGUGAUUAUAACAUUGGUGCUAAUGAAGAAAUAAAUGAUGCAGAGAAAAUUGUAAAAGAGGUAAAAAGUAUGAUUAAUGAUAAAGAAUGUAGGUCUUUAGAAACAACAGACCCAGAAAACCAUUGUCAAGUACAAAGUGAGAAAGGUCCAUUGGAAGUGACCAAUAUAAUUAAUACAGAUGAGGACUGUGGGACAAAAAUUAACACAGACACAUCGAACAAUGACAACCCUAGUCAUGUGUUAACUCCUGGUACAUUACAAACUAAAACUGUAGAGAAAGCCAAAUUACCUACAAAAAUUUCUUCAUCUGCUGAACAGCCUCCCAGUAAUGAAGUGCUUACUGCAAAUCACUCGGAUAUAGAAAGUUUUGUUGAUAAUUCCCAAAAAUUGACAUCUAGUAUAUCACAAAUGUUGCUGCAAGGUGCUGACGUAGAGGAAAUGCCAUCUUCACAAAUUAGUAACAUUUCAUUGAACACAUUUAAAGAAACCAAUCUGCUGGAAAAAGAACAUACUUAUGUUGUAAAAUCUCACUCAGAUUUGAUAGAGUUGACUAAUUUGACAUUCCAGACGGAAAAUACUAAAACUAAUGUUGAUAAUGGUACAAUAGAUUUGAAGGUAAGCAAAGUUGUAAACAGAGACAAAAUUUGCCUAUGUGAGGCAUCAAAUGAAGUGAUACCUCCACUGGCAAUGAAAGGGAGAACAAAUAUUGAAACUAUUGAUGAAUUGUCUACAAGGAACAAUGAAGAGGCUGCUUCAUUGGAUGAGUCAAAGCAAGAAUUAGUUACUCAUGAAGAAAAACCUCUACCAACAGUGACAGAGAGACAGGGUAAUAAAAUUGUAGAUGAACCCUCUACAGGGAAACAAGAUGCACCUGCACUUAACAGUGAAAAAGCUACUUCAUUGGAUGGGUCAAAGCAUGAACCAGUUUCUCUUGAGGAAAUAUCUCAAUUAACAUUAGAAGAGAGUAAUGUUAUGAAAACUAUUGAUGAAUCUGCUGUAAGGAAGCAAGAUGCACCCGCAACAAACAACAAAAAGGCUGCUCCAUUGGAAGAAUCAAAACUAGUUUCUCAUGACGAAAAAUCUCUACCAACAGUGUCAGAGAGAGAGGGUAAUAAAAUUGUUGAUGAACCCUCUACAAGGAAACAAGAUGCACCUGCACUUAACAAUGAAAAAGUUACUUCAUUGAAUGGGUCAAAACAUGAACCAGUUUCUCUUAAGGAAAUAUCUCUACUAACGUUGGAAGAGGGUAAUGUUAUGAAAACUAUUGAUGAAUCUGCUAUAAGGAAGCGAGAUGCACCCGCAACAAACAACAAAAAGGCUGCUUCAUUAGACAAGACUACACAAGAUCCAGUUUCUUGUGAAGAAAUGUCUCUUCUAAUAGUGGAAGAAAGGAAUGAUAUUAAAACUAUUGAUGAAUCCUCUACAAGGAAGGAAGAUGUACCAACAAUAAACAAUGAAAACACUGCUUCUUUGGAUGGUUCACAACAAGAACCCAUUCCUCUCUCAGAAAGUAUCAGAAAGGAUAUAGAAAUUCAUUAUGUAGAAAUGAAUGAAGUUUGUUUGGAUGAAUCAAGUGAAGUUAGAGCAAGUAAAAAGCAAGUAAAUAAGCAAGUAAAAAGAAGAAGCAAAGGAGUUGAUCUCAAUGACAUUGCUGAUUCAAGGAAAAAAGGGAGUUCAGUUGAUGUGAAUGAAUCUAAAAUAGCUUUGAUGGCUGAUUCAGUUGAAGUGAUAGAUCUUGAGACUGAAAAUGACAGAAAGAAUAAUUUUCAGACUGAACUUGUUGGUACUACAGCAGAUGCCAUUAUAACAGGAAAGAAAAAACAAUUGCCAGAUUCAUCAUGUGUGGUGACUCCAAUGUCAACCGAUGAUCAAGAAUCAGUGACAUCAUUGGUAAUUCAAAAAGAUGUAUUGAGUGAAUCUAGGGAGAGAACCUACCUUGAAGAGGCAUCUUCUGAUCAGCAACAUACUGAAGAAGACUCACAGAUGAAAGAGAAAGAACAAAAUAACUCUGAGUUAGCUGAAGAAGAUUCAAUUUCACCAAAAUCUACAUAAUUUGGAUUCAAAACAUCAAUGCAUCUGCAUCUGUGAUAGCUCCAUUUAUGAAUUAUGUGUUAUUGUGUAUUGAUUGCAUACACAUAUUGUUCCAUGUUUCAUAACCAAAAUAUCUAAUAUCAAAAACCUUUUUUUUUUAAUGUUAAAUUAUAAUAUUGCAGUUUGUAAAGAAAAAAAUUUGCAUGCAUAUAGUAAUAUUCAUAAAAGUAUUUAUGCUGACUUGGAAAUAAAUUUGUAUUACUGCCUUUGGUUACAGUGAAAACUUUCAUUGACAUUUAAUGUCAAGACAUUUAAUCUUGAAAGCAUUAAAAAGGAAAUAAAUGGUAAUUGCAUUUAAGUUAAACAUUU